AUGCCCAGGGAGGUGCCGAAAGUAGCAUUUGGCGCAGCUGUUGGUGCAGAGGACAGGAUCGGUGUGUUGGAGGCGCUGGCGGGUGAGAGGGAGGUUUAUCGUGUCUAUGUCGGUGAUGAGGAGGAGCCGGUCAGUCUCACGCAGGGCGGCGCCUUUGAUGGAUGGGGGUCGAAUAAUCUGCCAUCGAUUCGCACCGUACACGUACACAUGUCAGGUAUGCGAGACAGUGAGUGCUGUCGGCUGCUCCCUUCAUCUCGUGUGUGCAUCCCCCUUGUCUGUGUGUGUCUCCAUUCAGUACCCGAUGAGGUGGAAGAUACUGUCGCAGGCGAGCUCAUCCGCGACGGCCUGACGUCUCUGCUCGACUGCAGCGUGCAGGGCCUGCAGCAAGUGCUGCUGUGGCUGCCGGAAGGGCAUGACGACCUCGGCGAUGCCAUUCGGCAGUGUCUGCACUCGAGAGUCGGCGACUUCGACAUAACCUUUGAGCCGGAUGGACCUUGGGUUACCGGCAUUGAGAUGAGGGCAAUUCGUCGUUCUUAGGUAAAGGAUGAGCGACAUAGGCAGGGCGAUCGAUGUUUGGCCUUGCUCAGGUGUGUGUGCGUGUGUGUGUGUGUGUAUGUUUGUUUGGGGCCAGGCUGUCUGUGUGUCGAGCCACAGAAGACAAGACAGCACCGUAGCCGUAGCUGCCGCAUGGCCGGCCAUCUGAUUAGGUCCACGUGCAGACACUCUCUUGAUGGAUCGAUGGAUGGAUGGAUGAGUGGCCCGCCCAGAGGCGGUGUGUGCACGUGGGCACUGUACAGUUGAUCCUCGCGCUCCAUUGGCAGCCCACCGUCUCGGUUGUCUGGUCAUGGUGACUCAUCCAUUGUACCAGGCAGGCCGAGAAGGUGCCGCAUGGAUGUGAGCGUGUGUGGAUGGAUGGUUGUUAGCAAUGAGGCAUGAUAGCCCAUGGAUGGAUGGAUGGAUUCAUAGUGUGUGCGGAACUCGUCUGAUUGUGUGGAUAUCUUCAAUCCCAUGCCAGUG